AUGGUCGACCUCCAAAGCGUCCGCCUCACCAACUCCGCACUCGUCCACCGCCAGCCCCUUGUAGCAGUCUUCACAGGCGGCACCAGUGGCAUUGGCGAGUACACCAUCCGCGGCCUCGCAGCACAUCAUGGAAAGACAGGUAAAGGUCUGCGAGUUUACAUUGUUGGUAGAAACGAGGAAGCUGCCAACAAGAUCAUCUCGGACUGCUUGAAGAUCUGUCCAACUGAGGAGUUCAUCUUCCUCAAGGCUUCGGACUUGUCGUUGCUAAGGGAGGUUGAUCGAGUUUGCGAGAAGAUUCGACAGCUAGAGGAAGUGAAGGCUGGAGAGAGUGCGAGGAUCGAUCUGAUGGUCAUGAGCCAUGCUGAUCUGUGGUUUGGGGAAAGGAGAGAGACCGAAGAGGGCCUUGACAAGACCAUGUCCUUCCUCUUCUACUCCCGCAUGCGCUUCAUCACCAAGCUCCUCCCUCUACUCCGGGCCUCCACGUUGCCAGCUCAUGUCGUGUCCAUCUACGGAGCCGGUCUCGAAAAGGGCCUACCCAACUGGCAGCCGAACAAUCUCUCUCUCCGAGGCGACGAUAAAACGUACUCGAAGAGCGCCUGCCGCACACACGUCAUUGUCAUGACCACCUUCUACUUCGAAAGGCUCGCGCAGCAGAAUGCAGGCAAGGUCAGCCUAACACAUGAGUACCCUGGGCUGGUAAUGACUCCGGCUUUCGUCAAUCCUUCGCAUCCGUGGUGGUUCAGACUCAUCUGGACGAUCGUGAGUCCGGUCAUACACUUCUUCAGGCCUGUUAUCCCAGCGGAGGAAACGGGUAAGCGAGUGCUGUUCCUCUGCGGUGAGCGAUUCCCGCCUCGAAGCAAAACUCAAGCCAAGGAGUAUGCGACUACAGCUGAUGGACUAGCCAUCGCCACGAGUACUGAUGGUGUCAGGGGGAAUGGAGCCUAUUCUGAAUGGCAUACGGGAGAGACAAACGACGUUGACGAGACGUACAUUCCUUUGAGAAGGGACGGCUUUGGAGACAAGAUAUGGAAGCAUACCAAUGAGGCUUUCGAUGCAAUUGAAAGGGGCGAGCGGUUUACAGGUUAA